ACGUUAUCGCGCACAUCUCCUGAUCCUCGUUCCUCUCCGCCCCGCUUGCGCCGCGCCUCCGCCCCCGUCUCCUGUGAGAUCAGCUCCGGCGGCACGCGGAUAUGACUACUUCAAGGCGUCUUGCUGACAGGAAGAGUGCAAAGUUCCAGAAGAACAUCACAAAGAGGGGUUCUGUGCCUGAGACCACGGUGAAAAAGAGCAAUGACUACCCUGUUGGACCUAUAGUUCUUGGAUUCUUCAUUUUUGUGGUCAUUGGAUCAUCCUUGUUCCAGAUAAUCAGGACAGCGACAAGCGGUGGGCUGGCCUGAAUUCACUGAGCUAAAACCAGAAAUUUAUCUGUCCGUGAGCUGGGAGGCAGUAUCUGUGUUGUGUAGCAAACUUGUUCAUGGAUAUGUAGUGCGAAUGUCACUACUGUUCUGUUUGCAGUAUCAAAAGAGUUUAAACUGAUGUUGUAACCAUGCAAAGGCUGAAAAUUUUAAAGAGUAUGGGAGAAACCUUAAUCUAAA